CCAGAACAAUUUCUUCAAAGAUAUUUAUCAUCACUUUGUGCAAGCCAUGGAAAGUUGUCCCAGACAAUGCUAAAAGCCCGGCAAGCAUACAUGACCAGCAAGAAGUCAACCCUCGCUCGAGAUGUCACUACUCUCCAGGCAGUGUGCACACAGUGGGUACUCAACAUGGAGGACAUUUAUUCCUCCAGCCAUCGAGAGUUGGGAGCGGCAGAAAUGAAUGUACACUCCAAGACCCUUUUAGAUGGAUUGGAUUUGGCUUCCAAUAUCAACUAUUCCAUUUUAACAUUAAUCAAUUUACAUCUUUGUUUAGGAGUUCCACUUUCGAAAAGUGUACUCAAGUCAUUGUUUGAGGUAACAGAGGUACUGAAGAGCAUAAAAAACGCAGUCAGCCGAAAUCACGAUCAGAUAUUAAACUCUGUAAACAUGGUUAUUCAACACCUGUCUUUUCAAGCGACAUGUUCCGUUCUAGAAGUAAAGAAGACAUUGAUGGGGGACAAGAACUAUGCAAAUAAGAGAUUAGAUGACUUAACAUGCAUUGUUAUUGCGGAAAGAGCCCUCAAGGGGACAGUCACAGUAGAACGAAACAUUGCUGCUAAUAUAGCCCUGAGUUUUAUCCCAGAAAGUGUUUAUAUUGAUGAUAGCUAUGAAAAACUGGGGUUACUACUUGAAAAAAUACAAUCACUGGCAAACUUUAUAAAAGUAAUGGAAGACUUGUGCAAUUGUUCGUGGGUAUUUUGGCAUCAAAAUGUCAUACCUAUUUAUUUUGAACAAAAUUUCACCACCCAAUUGAACGUCUUGAAAUUGAAAUACUUUUUGAUGGUAUUGGAGGACUGUGUGGUGUUUUUACAUAAGACUGAUAAACAGUUCAGAGAAGACAAAGCCAAUGAGUUGCUUGACAAUAUCAAAGUCCUCAUAACAGAAAAUGUUCUACGAACUACGAAUCAAAACAUAGAAACUAAUUUACGACUGCACAUUCAUUCCCACUUGCAACUUGAUGUUAUCAAUCCAUUUACAACAGACAUGACGAAAAAGCUGUUGCUAGUAAUUGAUAGAUUUCGAGUCCAGUGUGUCUACAUGGCAGUCAUACCAUCGCUGGAACAUUACUUGUCCACAAUGUAUUACAACUUAACCACCGUUGUUUUAUCAGACUGGAAAACCUAUGGGGAAAUGAGACAAAUGGCUAAAUUCAAAUUUAAUCUAACCACAGUCCAAGACAACCUGCCCACGCAAACCUUAGAACAAGGAUUGGAUGUUCUAGAAAUCAUGCGCAACAUACAUAUAUUUGUGUCCAAAUAUCUAUACAAUCUCAACAACCAGAUAUUUAUAGAAAAGAGCAGUAAUAACAAACAUUUGAAUUCAAUAAAUAUCAAACACAUCGCCAAUUCUAUAAGGACCCAUGGCACGGGUAUAAUGAACACCACAGUCAAUUUUACAUACCAAUUUUUGAAGAAGAAAUUCUUUACUUUCUCACAAUUUAUGUACGACGAGCACAUAAAAUCACGACUCAUCAAAGAUUUGCGAAAUUUCAAGGAAAUUGCAGAUUCUAACGGAAAUAUGUAUCCGUAUAAAAGCGCGGAAAAGUUCAACAAGGGUAUAAAAGCUCUGGGACUGGCAGAAGAUGGCCAGAGUUACUUGGACCUGUUCAGAGACCUGAUUAGUCAGAUCGGCAAUGCUAUGGGUUACGUUCGAAUGAUUCGAUCUGGUGGAAGACAUUGUUGUGCUGACGCCACCGCAUUCUUACCUUCUCUAGAGCCCACAAAGUCAUUUAAAGAAUUAGCUGAAGAAAGUGGUGUAGACGCUAAAGUAAUUCAGGCAUCUGAAGUUUUGGAAAGCAACAUCAAUUGCUUAAUAAGCAAUUUUAUUCAAGGAACAGAAUACUUUAAAUUGCUUUUAGAUGUAUUUGCGCCAGUUUUCAGAAACCCCAAAAAUGUCCAUCUAAAAAACUUCUACAUCAUUGUGCCAUUGACUCUGAAUUUCGUAGAACACAUGAUUUUGUCGAAGGACAAGAUGUCGAAGAGGAAUAAAGUUGGCGCUGCGUUUACAGACGAUGGAUUUGCCAUGGGAAUAGCGUAUAUACUCAAAUUGCUUGAUCAGGAUCCAAGUUUCGAGGCUCUUCACUGGUUUGAUUCUGUAUGGAAGCACAUUAAAGACGAAAGGAAAGUCCUCGAGGAACAGAAGGCUAAGGGCUCGGUACAACUACAGCAAGCCCUGGCACUCACCGAGAAAAAGAUCAAGACCUUGGAGGAAGAAUAUAAACUCCUCUAUUACAGUCUGACAAGUGCUAGAAUAUUUUUCAGAUAGGUAUGUGUCAUGUAAUACUUACUUAUUUAUUUAUUUUAAGACUGUCUCAUAGAUAUGCCAUUGUUUAAUUGUAUUGUACUGUGAAAAUCAUAUUUCUGAUUACGAACAAGGGAACAAAUGUAUAAAAUGUAGUGAUAUUAGAAUUGUUAAAUAUUAUAAAUUACCUAUAACUAUUAUAUAAAGCCAAUAGUAUAAAAUAAAUUAAGUUGUAACAUAAAUUGACAACUUUAAUUUCAUGAAUAUAAUUAAACAAACCAUUAAAUUAUCCGUCGAUCUGGUUUAGAGCAUAGAGUCGCGAUUUCACGAUUACUCCCGACCUACUCAAAAGGUAUCUAGAACUUAAUAGAUAGUGGAAUUCCAUUAUAGGUAGCAAGACCCUGAGAUCCAUGGAUUAAAUGAAAUAUAUUUAUUAUUCCGUAUAGUUUAUUUACUUAUUGUUAAAAGACUAACUUAAUAUCUAGGAACGUAAAUACAACACAAUGAAAUUACUUAUGCAAAAUAAGUUUUCUUGUAAUCUAUAUUCUCAAUAGAAGGAUGUUUGCGAACAUCGCCUAUAUCACUAUAAUCCAUUUAUCAUUGUUUUCUAUUGAAUCUAAUAAAGUGAAUUUCAUACAUAUUUAAAUUCUGAAACUUAGGUAUGGGUGAAUCGUGAAAUGUUUGGAAUUCAGUAUUGUUUGCCUUUGGCUAGUCUGUGGCCAAGGGUAAGCCCAUUUAUAAUAAUAAUAAAAAAAAUGUUCUAAACCCUGACCAGAAAUAGAUGACUAUUGUCAAAGAGGAUCGAGUAUUGUUUAUAGAGAGUUACUGUCGAAGUAAAAUGUGUAAUCACAGUGCAUAGACUGCCAUCUCUCGACACAGGCUUAAAACUAUUGGACCUCAGUUUUGACAAUUCGGC